AUGUGAGUAAACUCACAAGCUCAACCUCAUUUUGUAGCAGAAGGACUCCUGCUGAAUCCAGAGCUGAUCCGUGUUUUCUAUCUCUCCCCUCGCAUCUAUUUCCUCCUCGCUUGCCACUACUUUACCUUCACUUGUUCAGCCUUCAUUCUGAGAGGAGGAGGAGGAUAAUAUGUGAUUGGCCGGGCUGGGACUGGUAGUCCGGAGGCUGGCAUUGUGAAGCUGGCGCUGAUCCCCGUGCUCAUGUUUACACCUUGCGGACGGGGACGAGACAAGACACCCAGGGGCCCAGCACAAACUCGGGAGUUCGGACUUUGGUGUUGGCGGUUACCUGACAGAAUUACCUACCCCCGUGCUACUUUGUGUUUUGGGGGGGUUUUUCUCCUCCCAGACUCUGUCGUUUAAUUUGACAUCUUCAUUUAGCGAUGCGUCAAACUUUUCGGUGACUCUCGCAGCACCUCUGCGCUCACGGCUCCCAAAAUAGUGGAGCUGGCAAUGAAGUCUACCAGGAAUAGUCACGAUGAAUCGUUUCUUUAUUUGAGCAGAGCUUGACAUCUGCGGACCUCUUCAAACUUUAAUUACGCAUGGAAAUUACGCCCUUUCAACCUCUCCCAGACGUUCUCGAGCUGCUCGGUGAUGGAUGUGAUUUGAGCCGUUUGCCGUUUGCGUCAACAGUCAGGAGUCAAGUAUUUACAAAAACAGCGGUUUCUAACUCAAUUACUGGAGUCGCUGGUGUGUGACUCUUCCCCGCGCAACCAUUCUGGGGGUAAAGACUUUUCCGGACAAAAAGCCACUCGGUGUAUUAAAAGCUCCGCAGGUUACGCUGCGUGGACGAUCCGGGACAUUUCACGACGGCUGGACGGGAAAGAUGCGCUCUGUGCGGAUGCAGCGUGGCCAAGGUCUCGGUCCUCUGGUUCUUCUCCUCCUGCUUGGGGGAUUUGCCGUGUCCGCUACUGAGAGCAGCGACUACAGCGAGGCCGAGGUUCUUCCUGACUCCUUCCCGUCAGCACCGGCAGAACCUCUCCCGGAAUUCCUGCUAGAACCCGAGGAUGCUUUCAUAGUGAAGAACCGUCCAGUCCAGCUGCGCUGCCGUGCCUCACCCGCCACCCAAAUCUACUUCAAAUGUAACGGAGAGUGGGUGAACCAAAACGAUCACAUCACUAGAGAGAGUCUGGACCAGAUCACAGGCCUGGUGGUGCGGGAGGUGGACAUCUCAGUGUCGAGGACCCAGGUGGAGGAGCUGUUCGGUCUGGAGGACUACUGGUGCCAGUGUGUGGCCUGGAGCUCAGCUGGCACCACCAAGAGCAGCCGCGCCUAUGUUCGCAUUGCAUACUUGAGAAAAAACUUUGAACAGGAGCCUUUGGGGCGGGAGGUGCGUCUUGAGCAGGAGGUGCUGCUGCAGUGUCGCCCCCCAGAGGGCAUGCCUGCUGCCGAGGUUGACUGGCUGAAAAAUGAGGACGUCAUUGAUCCAUCGCAGGACUCCAAUUUUCUGAUCACGAUUGAUCACGAUCUGAUCAUCAAGCAGGCCAGACUUUCGGACACGGCUAACUACACCUGUGUGGCUCGAAAUGUGGUUGCCAAAAGACGCAGCAGCACAGCUACGCUUAUUGUUUAUGUGAGCGGAGGUUGGUCUUCGUGGACGGAGUGGUCGGAGUGUAACGCUCGCUGUGGGCGUGGCUGGCAGCGUCGAACACGCAGUUGCACCAAUCCGGCCCCUUUGAACGGAGGAGCCUUCUGUGAGGGCCCGCCGGUGCAGAGAGUAACUUGCACCACGCUAUGCCCAGUGGAUGGAGGUUGGACUGAGUGGGCAAAGUGGUCCGCCUGUGGGACAGAGUGCACCCACUGGCGCAGCCGAGAGUGCCAAGCCCCCCCACCCAUAAAUGGAGGAAAGCACUGCAGUGGCAGCAUGAUGGAGAGCAAGAACUGCACUGAGGGGUUAUGUGCAAGAAAUAAAAAGAUUUCUAUUGAACAUGCAAGCCAUCCCCUGGCUCCAGGUAUGGGUGUAGCAGUCUACACGGUUCUCGUGGCACUGCCGCUGAGCGUAAUAAUGGCACUGUGCGUGGGAGUGCUCGCAUAUCGCCGCAGAUGCCGACAUCUCCACGGAGACAUCACUGAUUCUUCAUCAGCCCUCACCACCGCGUUCCACCCUGGCAACUACAAACCUCCCAGACAGGAUAACCCUCACCCUCUACAUCCCUCAGCUCCUCCAGAUCUGACAGCCACAGCGGGGGCUUUCCGCGGGCCGCUCUUCUCCCUCCAACAAGGGGUCAACGACAGCCCCCACAAAAUCCCCAUGACCACCUCUCCAUUGCUGGACCCCCUGCCCAGCCUGAAAAUCAAGGUGUAUAACUCCUCCACGCUUUCUUCCCUGGAGCUUCCCAAUGACAUAAGCUCAGGUGACGGAGAGAUCCUCAGCUUAAAGUCGGUGGGUACCGUGGGCAGAGAGCGAGAGUAUCACACCCACACGCUAUCCAGAGAGGCUGGGUUGAGUACAAGCGCCACGCUUGGAAAUCUAGGAGGACGCCUCACUAUUCCCAAUACAGGUGUAAGUUUGCUGGUUCCCCCUGGCACAAUCCCCCAGGGGAAGUUCUAUGAAAUGUACCUCAUCAUCAACAAGUGGGACAAAACAACGUUACCCUCUGAGGGUAGUCAGACUGUACUCAGUCCUGUGGUGAGCUGUGGUCCAUCUGGUAUGCUGCUGAAUCGCCCCGUUGUCCUUACUUUGCCACACUGUGCCCAGCUAGACACGCCAACACCUGACUGGACUCUCACACUGAAAACGCAAACGCAUCAAGGAGCAUGGGAGGAGGUGCUGACUGUAGGGGAGGAGACUUUGUCGUCCCCAUGCUACCUGCAGCUGGAGGAGGAGUGCUGUCACGUUCUCAUGGAGCAGCUAGGAACAUACGGCCUUGUGGGCCAGUCGUGCCCUCCACAGCCUGCCUGCAAGCGCCUGCAGCUGGCUCUCUUCGCCCCCCGCGCACCAUGCCUCUCCCUGGAUUACAGCCUCCGGAUCUACUGUAUCCAUGACACCCCACAUGCACUCAAGGAGGUGCUGGAUUUGGAGAGGAGUCUGGGUGGAGUUUUGCUGGAAGAUCCCAAGCCGCUGCUCUUCAAAGAUAGCUACCACAAUCUGCGACUGUCCAUCCACGACAUUCCCCACACUUACUGGAGAAGCAAACUUCUGGCCAAGUACCAGGAGAUACCGUUUUAUCACAUUUGGAGCGGCAGUCAGAGACCCCUGCAUUGCACCUUCAGCCUGGAGAGAGGCAGCCUGGCUGUGUCGCAGCUCACCUGUAAGAUCUGCGUCCGGCAGGUGGAAGGGGAGGGACAGAUAUUCCAGCUGCACACUGACAUCCAGGAGACUUUACCUCCGCACUCGCCCCUCCCCUCAGGAGGAACGUGCCUACCUUCCUCUCAAGUGGGACCUUAUGCCUUUCGCUUGCCUGACUCCAUCCGCCAGAAAAUCUGCGCCAGUUUGGAUGCACCCAGCGCUCGAGGAUGUGACUGGAGGCUACUGGCUCGCAGUCUGGGCUUUGACAGGUAUUUGAACUACUUUGCUACAAAGCCCAGCCCCACAGGUGUUCUGCUGGACUUAUGGGAAGCAUGUCACCAAGGUGACGCAGACUUGGUCUCUCUGGCGACCGCACUGGAGGAGAUGGGCAAAAGUGAGGUGCUAGUUGUCAUGACAACUGAUGGGGAUUGUUGAUUGGUCAAGAAACAAAAGAGCGAGACUUUUUUUUUCUCUCUCACCACCACCGCAAUGAAAAUACCUGCCUAUGAAUGAAUAUGCACACACGCCAGCGCAAAUCAUAAACCCACAGAGCAUUUUGGUUGCUUCACAUAAACUUUAUUACCUCUGCCUCAUUUCCCUUUUCACUGGCCCUGAAAAGAUCAGCCACUGUAGCUCUAUGGCCACCAUAACAUAUUCCCAUGCGUGCCAUCCGCCUGCUAACCCGAUUCAGCUUGAGCCCUCCAAAGCAACGUUGCAUCUGCGAGGUAUAAAAAAAAAAACAAUCCAAGGGUACCAAGGCAUAAAGUGGCUCUAAAGUUGUCUGUCAGACAUGGUGUUGACUGCCUUUGAAUGUUGAAAAUGGCUCCAUGCUUGUAUAUAUAAAUAUGAGUGCUUUGGGAAAAAAUGGAAACGUUCAUGUAUUCAGCACGCUGAAGCACGCACAACGACAUAAACGCUAACGCGGGAUGGCCUGUGUUUCAGUAGCAGCAUGAAAGUGCAUGAUUUAAGAUCACCCUCACGUCAUGGCAGAGGACUUUUGUUUCUUCAUUGUCAUCCCCAUGUGUGCGCUGAAGGACAGGAAGCACCGACCUGCCUUCAGCCUCCCCAGGCUACACACACUCCAACACACACACACAGGCAGAGCAGUCAUUAAUCGGCUCUAAAGCAGACAGGCUAGGAUUUCUCAUCUAACUGCUUCGACUGAUGACAAAUCGUGUAACGAUCGAACCCUCAAGGUUCGAAUCUUUUGGGCGUAAAAAAAAAAAAGCUGCCUCUCCUAUGUUAUAGAAGUGCGAAUUUUUGAAGUUUGCUUCAGAAUUGGCGAAUAACUAGACUGACUCUUUAUACUGUACCAACAAACGCCUCAAAGCCUUGGCAUAUCAUUCCGACUCACAGGGGUGUUUCUCUUUCAUCUCUCCUUGCAUUCCUCUUUCGCUCUGCCACACUUCAAUCUUUUGAGAAUAAACUGCAGGAGAGCUUUCUGGUCAUCCCUUAAAAACAUCAACAAAAGAAAAGUUUCCUUUGGGGAACGCUUUAAUUUAUUGUCCAGAUUUGUGGAUUCUUUGUUUUCUGUUUCUUUUUCUUUUACUGUCACUGGUGUUACGAUCAUGUAGAGCCUGUUUUAACAUCUGUGCUUGUUUAGGCUACUGAUCUGCUGUGUAUUAUUUUUUUGAUCCUAGUAGAGCACGCCAAAAUUGGAGAGUUAGGACACAUUGGAUGUCUCUCUUGUGAAUAACAAAACUAUGUUUAUUUUUUUGUUUUUAAAUCUUGUGCAUCGAUUCAAAAAAUGUAAAAUAUAAUCUGUAAGACAUGAUUGGACGGGGGGGUCAAGUGUCCUGAUGAAUUUGCUGCACGCUGUAAUUUGGAGGCUUUGCUGUAAUUGAAGGCCAUUUCCCGAGAUCACACAUGAUUGUAGGAUAGAAUAGCCUUGCUUUGAAUCAAAUGGGCAGCAAGGGGACCGUGAAACUUACCUCAACACCAUCAGAGUUAUGUUACAAUCUGUUCUCUGUCCCCCACUUAUCUAUGUGUCCAUAUGUCCAUGCAUCGCCCUGUAGCUCAUUCUGCCUCCCUUCUCUCAACUCUUUUAAUCUGCCUGCUUUGUGGUCAGGGUCCUCAAUCUGUUUGCAUUGUCACUAUUGUUCCGUCAGCUUAAAUGCUUUCGUCUGUAACAUUAUCUUUGCUUAAGUUCUGUGUUAUUGAGUCUUUUUUAUUCCUCUAAGCAAAAAAAAAGAAAAAAGUGUUCAUAUCUUAAACAACCACAAGAACCAAAACACAGGCAGUAUCCCUCCUCCUCAGCAGUGAGUCAUGUCACUGUUUUGUGUGAAUGAACCGUGUGUGUGCGCAUAUGUGUGUGUGUGUGUGUGUGUGAGAGUGGAUGUGUGUGGGCAGGUGGGUGUGCGCGUACAGUAUGUGCACAUUCUUAAGAUCUGUCAUUUCUCUUUGUAAGUGCUAUGCAAGUACAUAAGAAAAAGUGAAGCGUUUUGACUUCUUUUGUUUCCUGGAAGAGUAAGAUUCUAUUUUUUCAGAUCAGGACAUUGACAGGGUUUUGAUUUUGUAUCCUAAAUUGGUUUAGGAGUAGUUUUAACAUUUUUUCGGUGAUGCUAGUCUGUGUGGGGAUUCUCCAUCCGGAGAACAAUUGGAUCACUGACCAAGAAAGCUGCUACCUUAAAAAAAAGCACACGUGGGAAAACAAAGUGGCACAGCGACUGACAUGAUGACCUCGUGCCCUGCAGGUCUUUGCCCUGAGGAAAAAUACCUGGACACAAUCUGUUCAGUACUUUGGAUCCCUGAACACUGCAGGACUUUUGUUUUUUCUUUCCUCAAGUCUUGUUACAGAGACUGACUAGCUGUAGACUACAGUGUUUAUUUGUCCAGAUUUUUUGAGUGUCUGCUGGAUCUUUGGCCAUAUCUCUGGAUAAUUUAUGCUGGAGCUGUACUGGAUUCAAAAAGUGCUCCCGUCAAAGAGAAAAAAAAACUACCCUUUGUUCAAGAAGACAGACAUUUUUACAAAAAACACCCAAAAACAAAACUAAAAAAAAAACUAAAACUAAAAACUAAAUGGAUUCAGUGACAUGAUUUCAUCUCUGUAAAGUACUAAUUGUAAAUAAAUGUCUAGCCUUCUUACCUGUAACU